AUGGCCGAUAUUACUUUACCCCAAUUAAAUGUUUAUUUUCUCACUAGCUCUCAAAUUGUUUCUGUAAAGACAGUCACAACAGUUCCUUAUGUUUCUCCAGAAAUUAUUCGUAUUAUUCUUAGCUUGCCAAAAGAUGACAAAAAAACUCUCACAGCUUUUUCUCCACUUAUGGCCUACAAAAAAAGUUCUUCAGACAUUCAAAAUGAUGUUACCCCAGAGCUUUUGAUUCAAAUUCUAAGGUCUUUUCCUCAAUUAACGGCUUUUUCUGUAUCAGAAUCUUUGGAAUCUGUAAUUACUCUUGAAGUUUUAAAUAUUUUACUUUUAGAAUGUAAAAAUAUUAAAAUUGUUGAUUUCUGCGGAUGCUCUAGUAACCAGUUUAGUAAUGCUUUGGAAGAUUUCUGUCAUUUAAUUGGUGGCGUAAAAGUUGAACAAUAUUGUGAUAAUAAUUAUGAACUGAUAAAUUUUCAUAUUAAUUGUAAACCUUUAUUAUCUCAUAUACGAAGACUUUCACUUCAUGAAUCUAAAUGCAAAAAUAUCUCAUCAAUAGCCAUUUCAUCUUUUAUCUCUAAAUGUUCACAAUUGAAAUCACUUAAUUUAUUUAGUAAAAGUAGUGCCAAUACCGGUAUUAAAGAACAUGACUUGAUAACUAUACUUCAAUCACCCAGCGCAAAGAAUUUCCAAACAUUAGAUAUUGGAUCAUCUGAGAUAACACCGUUGAUUUUAACAACAAUUAAGGAGAAUUGCUUAUCAUUACAAUAUCUUGGUAUUUCAAAAGCACAAGUUAUCAAUAUAAACAUUAUUAAAGAUUUUUUAAUAGCUUUAACAAACCUACAAUAUAUCAAUCUCACCUCUAUUCCAUGUUUUGAUAUUUUAAAUACGAAUAAUUUAUUCACUAGUAUUAUUAAAAGUAAUCACUCUAUUCACACUAUCGAAAUGAGUGAAUCACUACUUAAAAAACAUCAUGUUAUUAAUGGAUGGGAAAUUGAAUUAUAUUAUGGUAGAAGAUGGUAUUGCUCCCGUAAUGUUAAGAAUGGUGCAAUUAGAUCAAACUGA